AUGGCUACGUCUAUACUUGGGGAAGAACCACGGUUUGGAACUACACCUCUAGCUAUGCUGGCUGCAACUUGCAACAAAAUUGGUAACACCAGUCCCCUUACGACUUUACCUGACUCCAGCGCUUUCUCAAAAGGUGGAUUUCAUCCGUGGAAAAGAUCGUCGUCCAGCUGCAACUUGGGAUCCAGUCUGCCCGGUUUCACAGUAGCAACAAGCCGCGCCACAACAGGACUAACACCGACGAGUGGCACAGGCAACAGCGCCUUUUGCUUAGCCUCCACAUCCCCGACCUCUGCUGCGUUUUCCACAGAGUACAGCGGUUUGUUUUCCAACUCCGCCAGCGUCACAUCCCAAGAGUCUGGACAGUCGGCUUUUAUCUCCAAAGUCCACACAUCAGCAGAGACUCUUUACCCGCGGGUGGGCAUGGCGCACCCGUACGAGUCGUGGUACAAGUCCGGUUUCCACUCAACCAUCUCUGGUGAUGUUACCAACGGCGCGUCCUCGUGGUGGGAUGUCCACACUAACCCCGGGUCGUGGCUCGAUGUCCAGAAUCCCGCGGGCACCCUCCAGACCUCGCUGCACUCCGGGACACCCCAAGCCAUCCACUCCCAGCUGAGUGGUUACAACCCGGACUUCUCCUCGUUGACCCACUCGGCGUUUAGCUCCACUGGAAUCAGCCCUUCUGCGUCUCAUCUGCUGUCCACCAGUCAGCACCUGUUAACGCAAGACGGAUUCAAAACCGUCAUCCCCACUUACACAGACGCUUCGACCGCCAACGCCAUGAUUUCAGGUGGCAGUUCAGGAAUAAGUAGCUCCUCGAGGUCGUCCAGGCGGUACUCCGGCAGAGCAACAUGUGACUGUCCCAACUGCCAGGAGGCUGAGCGGCUGGGACCCGCCGGGGCCAGCCUGAGGAGAAAGGGACUCCACAGCUGCCACAUUCCCGGCUGCGGUAAAGUGUAUGGGAAGACGUCUCACCUCAAAGCUCAUUUGAGAUGGCACACCGGCGAGCGGCCUUUUGUCUGCAACUGGCUUUUCUGUGGCAAAAGGUUCACUCGGUCCGAUGAGCUCCAGAGACACCUUCGCACCCACACCGGCGAGAAAAGGUUUGCGUGUCCGGUGUGCAACAAGCGCUUUAUGCGCAGUGACCAUUUGAGCAAGCACAUCAAAACGCAUACGGCCGGUGGAGGAGGCAAAAAGGGGAGCGACAGUGACACCGACACCAGUAACCUGGAAACCCCGAGAUCCGAGUCCCCAGAACUUAUAUUGGAAGGGGUAAAUCCCAGGAUCACUGUUAAGGAUCCAUCUCCCCACGACGAGCCCUAA